AUAAAAAUGGGUCUGUCUUCAUUUUAGAUCAUUUACCAGUUAACAUAAGCUUUGCCAAAAUUUUGCCACCCAUUUCUGACUCAGAGUUAAGCAAAGUCAUUUAGAAACCUCCAUUGAUGGCUGCUCUAAGGAGCUUUAUCAACAAAAGAUCUUUGACGUGCAAUGAGCUGAUGAUGACGAGGAGGUUGGUCUCCACCGAACCCAUCAUUAAUUCUCCUCCUUUUGCUCAAAGACUCAGAGAUCUCCCCAAGGAUCUUCGUGGCACUAAAAUCAAGAGGGAAGUUUCUCAGCUAAUUGGAAGAACACCCCUUGUUUUUCUUAAUAAAGUAACUGAAGGCUGUGGAGCAUAUAUUGCUGUGAAGCAGGAGAUGAUGCAACCCACUGCUAGCAUCAAAGACAGACCAGCAUUUGCCAUGAUCAAUGAUGCAGAAAAGAAAAACUUAAUUUCUCCCGAAAAGACAACUCUGAUAGAGCCGACAUCUGGUAACAUGGGGAUAAGUAUGGCAUUUAUGGCAGCCAUGAAAGGUUAUAAGAUGGUUCUAACUAUGCCUUCUUACACAAGCUUGGAGAGAAGAGUGACCAUGAGAGCAUUUGGAGCUGAUUUAAUUCUCACUGAUCCCACCAAAGGAAUGGGAGGAACAGUGAAGAAGGCUUAUGAACUUUUGGAGUCUACACCGAAUGCUUUCAUGUUGCAACAAUUUUCAAAUCCUGCCAACACUCAGGUGCAUUUUGAAACUACAGGUCCUGAGAUAUGGGAGGAUACUCUUGGUAAAGUUGACAUCUUUGUUAUGGGAAUAGGCAGUGGUGGUACUGUUUCUGGAGUCGGACAGUACCUCAAAUCCCAAAAUCCUAAUGUAAAGAUAUACGGAGUGGAGCCUGCAGAAAGUAAUAUACUGAAUGGUGGCAAACCGGGUCCUCAUCAUAUUACUGGCAAUGGAGUUGGGUUCAAGCCAGACAUAUUGGACAUGGAUGUAAUGGAAAAAGUUCUUGAGGUCAGCAGUGAAGAUGCAGUAAAUAUGGCAAGGGAAUUGGCAUUGAAAGAGGGGCUUAUGGUUGGAAUAUCAUCUGGGGCCAACACCAUUGCAGCACUCAGGCUUGCAAGAAUGCCUGAGAACAAAGGCAAAUUGAUUGUGACUGUUCAUCCAAGUUUUGGGGAGCGAUACUUGUCAUCAGUCCUGUUCCAAGAACUAAGGAAAGAAGCUGAAAACAUGCAGCCAGUGGCAGUUGACUAAAUGCCUUUUAAGGGGCCAUGGAUGUUCAAUGCCUAAUGACACAUGUUAGGAAGCCCUCUUCUGAAGCCGAAUGUUUCAUGUUACAAGGAAGCUCUCUCUGGUAUACCAAAUGUUUCAGAUGUAAUAUUGGUAUUCAACGUUAUCAUGAAUCUACCGUGAACAUUGUUUCAAAUUACUUGUUGAACUCUAUGUGAAAUGAAAUCUUCAAUAAUUAAAAUUUGCAUUGAA